GUAGGAUUAUGUACAAGGAAAGUAAAAGCGUGUAGUUGUUACACAACCAUCAUGCUGUUGUACUCCCUAAUCAUUGGGGAUAUCUUACCCCCCACCAAGUGAAGCACCUACUCUACUCUGCCAAUUCCGUGGAGUGUAGAGUCCAGACUGGACGACACAACCAAACCAAACCAACAAGGAUCCCAUCCUAUGCCAGGUAUGGGUAACCCACCACCAGUUACCCACCUCUCCAACUUCCAAGAAAGUAAAGCGACCAUAACAAGGCAGACGUUCAACAAUGGACAGGACUCGGAUCCGGCGGAUGCCACCACCUUCCACCUUCCACCUUCCACCUUCCACCCGCAUCCAUUCAUCCAUUCAUCCAUCUAAUAAAGCACACCACCCACCAUCCCCGCCCCAAAUCCAAGACUCAACAAAAACUAGUGAGGGGUAGACACCACCACCACUGUAGAUAGGUAGA